AGAUCAAUUCAUCAUCAUCAUCAUCUGAACGUUUUCUUUUUCUUAUUCUUUUGUUAUUAUAAUACGAAAUAAAAGAUAAAAAUAUAUUUGUUCCAUUGAUCCGUUCUUUUUCUCUUGAAAAGAGGAUUCUGAUCUUUCAUUGCAUAUACUUCUAUUUCUCCUUCUUUCUUCUUCCUUUUCUUAUCUAUCUGCUUAGAAAAAGACGAAGCAGGCAAGCAAGCAAACAGCAAGCAAAGAGAAAUACCGAGAUACAUCACAACCGACCAUUUGGAAUCUUUGACAAUCAAAUACUCAAAUACCUCCCUUUCAUUCCCCAAAUUUCAACCUUUUACCUUUUCCUCUCUAUCUCUCUCUUGUCCGCAUAACACCGCCUCAAGCUAGUAAGCCAACCACCCAAUAGCUUCCUCACAAUGGCAGCAACGGAAUUAGCACAGCAACAACAAUCUCCUCCAAGUUCACAACCACAUGGUAUGAGCCACACUCCAAUUCCUUUUCCCUUCUUCAACCGAGUAAUUCAUUUUUCACAAUCAUACGUUUAGUCGGUCGUGAAUCAUUAUAUCCUCUCCCUCUUUCCUGAUCUCAUUUCUAAACCGUGAUCAAAUACUAAUCGAUAUGCCAGAUCGUUCAGAUCGAGUCGGAGGACGUCGCAGACCAUUUUCAACAUGGAUGAAGAAAUUCACCAAUUUCAAAAGUGGCUCUUCAACUGCAGAUACCAAUCAAGCCAUUAAUCCGAAACGAAAUCAAAAUGCAAAAUCGAGUUUCAAGAAACCAUCUCCCUCAAAGAAUAACAACCCAUAUCCCGAAUCUGGUCGCAUCAAUGGUAAUGCUACUGCUCCUACUUCUGGUUCUGGCAAUCGACAUUUGUCAUUUUCAACCGGCCCAACCGGAAACUCGCUCAGCACGUCAUCAUUAGAGAGAAGUCGAAGAUCAACUCAAUAUUCCGAAGAUGGACAUCCACCACCAACAAUUGGAAAUAAAUCGGUAGCCCCUACGACCGGCGAGGAGCAUGAUAUUGCACGAUCUGAUAUAGCAGCCUCUCAUGCGCCAUCUUCCGGGGAAGCUACAAAUGCCACGAUUGGAUGCGGGGUCAGUACUCGUAGAGGUGCUGGUAGUACAUUUUCUUCUCCAGCACCAUCUGUUAGAUCCUUAACUACAACUCUUACGACGAUUCAUUCUGCUGGAGCUCCUGGUGUCACUGUUUCGCAUAAUCAUGCCUCGAAUAAUACACAAGGCAUUCAAUUCACGCAUCAAUUUCCCACGUCCCCACCUGCGACAGCCUUACCUGCACAUUUGGCCCCACAGGGUAGUGGUGGACACCCUGCAACGUACAACACAGCAACAGCGAACAAUCUUCUCACAGAUAACGCAUCUAUCUUAACCCUGGCUUCAUCUUCUAAGCGGAGACGUAGAAGAUCCAUGGAUACUGAUGCAUCUGUUCGUGCUUUGGCCCCAUCUUCGGUAUUUGGUGGUAGUCGGGAAAGUCUUCCAUUGAGUGUUUUGAGUGCUACAAUUGAUGGUGCUCCAAUUACAUCUCCAACUGGUCUAUAUCAACCACGUCCUAUUGCCAAUGAAAGAGCUAGCAUUUAUUCUUCGACUGGUGUAGCUCCAGCGUUACCAAGCGAAAGAAAUAGUUAUUACGCCAAUAAACAAUCUUUGGCAAAUGAUGGUGGAAGUGUGAAGAGUGGACUAUUAGGACAUGGUAGGAAUGAUAGUAUCUCUGGGAGUAUUGGUGGUAUUAUUGUUCCCGGAAGCCCUUUGGCUGGUCCACGAGAUCCUACAAGUUCCACGGGAAGGUUAAGUCGAAGCAAUUCAGGUUGGGGAGAAAAUGGUGAACUUGUGGUAAUGGAUAGGAUAGAUGCUUUGGAGCGUGAAGAUACGAAAGACAAAAUUGUGAAAGAAGAAAAGGAAGAAGAGGAUGAAAAGUGAAAUUUUGGAGGGCCGGAGCGCAUAUGACAUGAGGACGAGCAAUGUUUCGGAAUAUGGCGGGCGAAUUUAAGGAAGGGGGGAGAUAAGUUGAAUGGUCAUUAAGGUCAGAUGUGGGUUGGCGUUUGGUUGUGUGUUUCCGGUUUAUGCACCAAAGAUACCCGAUAAUAUUUCAUCGAACUUCUAGCUUCUAAAUUCUUAAAAUAAAGUGUUGUUUUCAGAGCAGUAUUCAUUUUGAUAGUAUAGGAGUUUUAUUUGAUUGUCGUAUAUAAAUGAGUUGAAGAAUAAAUGAUUUUAUAAUGA